AUGUGGAGUAUCGGAUGCAUAUUUGCAGAGUUGAUUACAUUGCAACCACUGAUUUCUGGAAGUUCUGGGUUUGGGAACACCUACAACACAACUUUUCCCGGCUACAGUGAAUUACCUGUAGGGAAAAUUACUUUUAAAAACCAUCCAACAGACCGACUGCGUGAAACAAUAAGUAAUCUACUUUCAGACGAUGGGCUUUCCCUACUGCAAGGAUUUUUAAUAAUUGAUCAAGUUCGAAGAGUGACAACAGACGCCGCUUUAAAUCAUCCAUAUUUCGAAGAAGAGCCGGUGGCGAUGGAGCUGGCCAUGUUCCUCCAUCACUGUGAUCAGAUUUUGUUGAACAGUACUCAGCCUCUGAUACUGGAGAGAAGAGGGCGAGCAGUAAGGACAGAAGGACAAAAUAUGCAGAGAAAACCAUAA